AGGACAUCGGGACAUCAGGACAACAUUUCAAAAACUACUUUACAUUUCAAGACUCGAUCGAAACAUCAAGUGAACUAAGAGCUGACCUAACAAAGUCAAAGACGUCUUAACACCCCCACUUGCCAGACCUCCACUUCUGCCAGACCCCCACUUCUGCCAGAUACCGCCAUGUUUAUAGGCGACUGCAUCUAUUGGUGACCUCGUUUAGUGGUUCAUUUGGAAGAGUACUUCUUAUGGCUAAAGAGCCCUAAAGUAUAUAGUAUAUCGCUCUAUAAUCCUUGUUUAGAGUUCAGUAGGCAGCAUACACGACCUAGCCAAUAAGACCUCUAAGUCCUAGCCUAACUAACAGAAGACCUCUACAAUGGGUUUACUGGCCCCCAUAAAUAUGAAAGUAGGUCUAUUACACAUGUAGCACAGUUUCUUCAGUCAAGCGUAUCACAUCUGUGAUAUCUUGGUGUAGACAUUAGAUCUCUAGGGUCAAGUCACACGUAGGUGCCAUGAAGAUAUUAACCAGUUUGUGACAGUGCCAGACAAGUGCCAAUGUCAGAGAUGACGAGAUGUGGGAGGUAACCGCCACGACUCGUUUAAGUCCCGGCCCUCUCAAUCCGCCAUGCGAUUGGCCCGUCUCUAGCCUGACCCGCGUUACUCACAGCCGCUAGAAGGCGGGCGGAGAACUAACUGCCGUUACCAUCCGUCAGGCCGGGAGAUUUAGUGACUAGGCCAGCCCAGCCAAUGAGCUACCACCGUCCCACGUUGUGGGGGGAAGCGCCCCCCCGCCUUCCUCCGGAGUCGCAGGGGGCCACGACCAAAAGCCCUCUAAUUGUCAGUCCUCGGCUCCUGGCAUGAACCCUUCUGACACCGUCCGCCCUUAUAAGGGUUGCACAACCCAAGCGGCACGUCAGUUGACUAACUAGAAGUGUCGAAGAUCACAACCUGUACCGUUAGGCCUGGCCACUGCACGUUAUACGGCCCACUAGUACUAACCUCACCGAGGUGUGAAGCAGCCCACAACUGUACCAGUCAGACCUAUCUGUUUGGUGCUUUGUUUAUUCAGCGCCGUCCACCCACCCCUCUCUAAUGACUAUCGAGGAGAGAGUUACUUCAACAUAGGCCAGAGUGCCGUUGUGUUCUUAAACGGAGUUUCUACUGAUAACAUUUCAUCGGAGACUUUUUUCCCUUCUCUUUGGAAGUGUUACAGCACAGUACUUUGUGUGUCGGCUGGUAGCAGUUUGAUAACUGAUGUGUUCUGUGCAUAGACUCGCUGUGUAGCUCACUUACUGUGUUGAUAGUGUAACUAGCUCUAGAUGUUUACAUGUGCAAGUGAUACUUUUAUUUCUAGUUCAUUUUGUUUACUGGACUACUAGCGACGACGGAAUUCCGACUUAAGGUAUUAUUUGACACUAGAUGGCGGUCAGUGUUGUGCGUGGUCUGGACUUAGCCCCUGUACAACCCCCCGUUAUUCCUUGGAGAGAACCCAGUGAAGACUUGGUCGGUCACGGACCUUUGAUAACCUCAGUCGGACACCCACCACCUCAACCACCGGUCAGCGCCACCGUGCCACCCAACACUUGCAAUUCGAUCGUGUCGGUGGAGCCCCCAGGGUCUCCUCCAGGCGGUCACCACCACAACGGGGGCACCCCUAACUCCAACAUGUCCGAGAGCAACAACAACAAGCAGCAGAUUGAGUGUGUCGUGUGUGGGGACAAAAGUUCCGGGAAACAUUACGGACAAUUCACGUGUGAGGGAUGUAAGAGUUUCUUUAAGAGAAGCGUCAGGCGGAACCUGACCUACACCUGCAGAGGUAGCCGUAACUGCCCCAUUGACCAGCACCACAGGAACCAGUGCCAGUAUUGUAGGCUGAAGAAAUGUCUCAAGUCUGGCAUGAGGAGGGAAGGUAGGUGGGACGCAGCCGUCCAGCGUGGCCGAAUUCCACCAACGCAGCACCCUUUCCACGGCCAGAUGGCUUUCCACAACGGUGACCCAUUGAACGGACACACCUACUUGUCCAGUUUCAUCUCCAUGCUUCUAAGGGCAGAGCCGUACCCCACAUCCAGGUUCGGGAACUGUAUGCAGCAGCCCAACAUCAUGGGUAUUGAAAACAUCUGUGAGCUGGCUGCAAGACUUUUGUUCUCAGCCGUGGAGUGGGCAAGGAACAUCCCCUUCUUUCCCGACUUGCAGGUCACGGACCAGGUGGCCUUGCUGCGCUUGGGCUGGUCCGAACUGUUCGUCCUCAACGCAGCCCAGUGCUCCAUGCCUCUGCACGUGGCCCCGCUCCUAGCCGCGGCCGGACUCCACGCCAGCCCGAUGGCCGCGGAGAGAGUGGUGGCUUUUAUGGAUCAUAUCCGUAUAUUCCAGGAGCAGGUGGAGAAGUUGAAGGCGCUGCAUGUGGACUCUGCAGAGUAUAGCUGUUUGAAGGCCAUCGCUCUGUUCUCGUCAGAUGCCUGUGGACUGUCGGAUAUGAACCACAUUGAAAGCAUUCAAGAAAAGUCCCAGUGUGCACUAGAGGAAUAUGUUCGCAGUCAGUACCCUAACCAACCAACAAGGUUUGGAAAACUGUUGCUAAGGUUACCGUCACUUCGUACAGUCAGUGCCCAGGUGAUAGAGCAGCUGUUCUUUGUCCGCUUGGUUGGGAAAACUCCCAUCGAGACUUUGAUACGAGACAUGUUACUGAGUGGCGGCUCCUUCAGCUGGCCCUACAUGGCCAUACAGUGACUUCCGGCUUCUGGGGGGGGGUGUCGUGCAAACAGAGAUAUUAGAACUCUAGUCUUUGCGUGCGUGUGUGCAUAGACUGGACACUUCAAGACCUGCACAAUCUCCAGCACUCAAACACCGAAUUGAAACUGAAUCCAAUGCUGCAAGAUGACAUUUGUAACUUGCAGCUUUAGGUGUCUGAGUCAUGUGACAUCUGAACCAGUUCUUGUCUAUGCAAGAUUGUCUACUGAGUCAUGUGACAUCUGAACCAGUUCUUGUCUAUGCAAGAUUGUCUACUGAGUCACGUGACAUCUGAACCAGUUCUUGUCUAUGCAAGAUUGUCUACUGAGUCACGCACGCACUGUGUCAUCAUCGGACAGACUCCUUCUUGCAUGGCUGCAGACACCAUCACUUGAAGCAGUAAUGUCAUUAAUUGAAGACUCUGGACGCUAGAUUUCUAUGAGCACCAUAACAAUGAUGUAGUUGAAGAACAUUUCCACCAUGAAGAAUGUUUUGCACAAUGUGAUGAAACACGAACUAACCAAGAACUCGGUUCUGUGCCUUUCACCACCCACAAACACACACACACACAAGGUUCUAAACAAACAAACAAAUCCUGUAUUAUGGAAUCGCUCCACAACUGAGUGAGAUUCUUCUACUUGACAUACUAUGACUUAAUGAUUUCUAUUUUGUAUAAAAUUAAUGAGUAUUAUGUGUGAGUAUACUGGUAUUAUGUGUGAGUAUACUUGUAUUAUGUGUGAAAAUGUACGAAAGAACGAUGCAUACAUCUACAUAACAUUGUAUUUAUGUUUGACAGCUGUCCCUAGGCUCGCACCCACCAAAUUCAAAGGGAUUGAGUCCAUGAACAUUUGGAUAAAAACUUAAGGAGAUGUCUUGAGAUUUUCUGCGCGCAUUGUGCCAGGCAUGUGUCUGCAUGAAGUAUGGGCAACUGUAAUUGGUGUACACAUGGCAACAACAGCGAAUUGAGGCAACUUGGUGUACACAUGGCAACAACAGCGAAUUGAGGCAACUUGGUGUACACAUGGCAACAACAGCGAAUUGAAGCGAUUGUUGAGCAUACAAUCUUUUAUUCGUGAUAUUUGACUGUUCAGAAAGAUAGGGCUCUUAACACAGGAACCCACCCUGUGUGGCUACCCACAGAGUUGACUUUAAUGUAGCUGUGGCUACCCACUGAAUUGACUUUGAUGUAGCUGUGGCUACCCACAGAACUGACUUUGGUGUUGUUUUUAAAUACCGGUUUAUUUAUUUAUUGUCUAAUGCCAUAGAGUGACAGUUUUGUUUUUCGAUUGCACAGAUGACUGGGUGUGUACUUGCUUUGGAGUGCUUGACUUGGUGUAUACUUCAUGUAGAGUGCUUGACUUGGUGUGUAUGUCCGUAUUUAUUACUUUAUUUAUGUGCAACACUUAUGUAAAUGAGUAUAAAUCUAUUAUCUUCCUAAGGAAUAGAAAUCAAAACACUCUUUUGAUGACUCUAGAAAUCAUUCCAUUUAGUUUAAACAUUUCACUGUCAACAUUCUAACCCCUCCUUUCCCCCCCCCCCCCCACCUCCCGUAACUUUAUAUGCAGGUCCCUAGGCACUUGUUUGGAAGAUAUCAACUAGGUGUGUGACCUACUUUUGUGUGUGACAUGCAGGUCUUGUGUCACAGGUAUCUGCCACUGGUGCACUUACACAUGUGUGUGUUAGACCGAGACCUAGCGGAGACUAGCACAUGGAGAGACUAGCACAUGGAGAGACUAGCACAUGGAGAGACUAGCCCAUGGAGAGACUAGCACAAGGGCUGGAUCCAACAACUGGACGUGUUCCAUUUACACCCACCCCACCCCACCCCGCCCCGAGUGUCUGUGCAUCUGUUUCAAUGCCAUAUUACGACAUUCCAACAAGAACGACAUCAAUGAAGAAUAGUUCUGUGUUCAAGUCUAGAUUCAAUUCUAGCCUAUGUGACCUCUGACCUUUCCCUACCCCAGUCAAGUAUUAAGCCAUUAUUUGACCCAAACACUUCUACCACAGGCAUUCAACCUUGUCGUGAAUUAAACCCCCUCGCCAUUACUAAUGAAUGAAAAGUUCAUCUUUCGAUAAGACCUCCCUUGAUACUAAUAGGCCCUCCUUUGAUAUUGAUAGGACCUCCCUUGAUAUUGAUAGGGCCUCCCUUAAUAUUGAUAGGACCUCUUUUUAUAUUGAUAGGACCUCCCUUGAUAUUGAUAGAGCCUCCCUUUAUAUUGAUAGGACCUCCCUUGAUAUUGAUAGGACCUCCCUUGAUAUUGAUAGGGCCUCCCUUAAUAUUGAUAUGACCUCGCUUGAUAUUGAUAGGACCUCUUUUUAUAUUGAUAGGACCUUCCUUGAUAUUGAUAGGACCUUCCUUGAUAUUGAUAGCAACCUCCCUUGAUAGAAUGUCCUUUUGUUAGUUUUUUUUUUCUAACACACACACACACACGUGAAAUGUUUUGAAAUUGCUUGUGGAAAGUGGUUUUCUGAGAAAUGAAGUGUCCAAUGUAUUGAAAGACUCAAAAGUUGUGUACUGAAUAUUUUAUUGAUUAUUAAUCUCAACUUUGUAAGUCUAACUGUAGUCAUUGGACAGUUUGACUUCGUAACAGAUGACUAUUGUCCAGCUCCACUCUGUCCCAGCUUAGGAAGAGGAGUCACUAUCUGGCACUGGGGAUGGGGGGAAGGGGGGGGGGUUGGACGCCAAUAACUGUCGUUGAUUUAGUGACUGUAGUUCCUUGAGAGAAUAAACAAGUGUUACCCCAUGAAGUUGUGUUGUAUAAGACUUUCUUCUCAAGGUGCUUUGAUUUGCAUGGAGUUGUCACAACAUUUGAAGUGUGUGUAAUAUUGUAUUAUAGAAACAAAAAUGCCAUGUAUGUAUGUAUAUAAUCUAUAGUGUACGUGUAUGAUCUAACUAGCAUUGUGUCCAGUGUUCAUGUAUAUAAUAAGCUAUAGUGUACACCUUCUGGACUUUGCUGUACACAGGUACACAUUCGAGACAAGUGCUACACAUCAUGUUUCUGUCUGCUCAAUUGACAUGUAAAUAGGUCACUCUAGUGUUGACACUACCAUUGGAAGUAUUGUUGACGUCAUGGUUUAGUGUGUUGUAUCUCCCCCCCUCCCCCCCUCUCUCUCUUUCCCAUUCCCCUCUACUGUCUAGUUUAUUUAUUCUUUAGUUUGACGAGCGUGUUAAGGAAAUGACUAUAGAGUUAAAAUGAUUAAAGACAAUUACUGACCACAGUUGGGACUUGAACACAGACUUAACACAAUGGCAUGAUCAAUUCAGACUUGAACCACACACUUAACACAAUGGCUUGAUCAGUUGAGACUUGAACACAGAUUAAGUUAGUGGUUAGUUUAAUUUGACUGUAAAUCGGAGAUUUGGCUCUCUCCCACAGAAAACUUGUCACACACACAGUCACAACCUACACACUUUUUAGGCUGGUCCCACACAGUCACAGCCCACACACUUUUUAGCCUGGUCCCACACAGUCACAGCCCACACACUUUUUAGCCUGGUCCCACACAGUCACAGCCCACACACUUUUUAGCCUGGUCCCACACAGUCACAGCCCACAAGUAGCCUGGCCCCACACAUACCAGGUAGGCUAUGUCACACACACAUUCACACGACUAGUUAAUUAGGCGGGAAGCGUGAAUGUCGUCUGCUAGUUUUGACGGAAACUCUUUUAAACUAAUAAACAAUUUUGUACAUUUC